GCCAAGGAAGAUGUGAGCCGUAAGUGAAUUCCUGGCACUAAAGUAUGGACAACGCUUCUUAACUAAUGAUACCAACAGAGGGCCUGCCUCGUGACUUUGACAGUGUGGAGCUCCUGGAUCUACUGUUUGAUCAAAAGGAUGGGAUUCUUCGCCAUGAGGGCUUCCAUACAGAUGGCAGGGGGAGCAUGGAGAACUGGGGAAUGGCACAGCCCAGUAUCCACGGUGGCAGCAGCAACGAGGAGUUUCUGUCUUCAAUCCUGGCAGAAACUGUCCCUGCCUCCCCGCUCUGGUCCUCAGCCGGCAGUGACAGCGGGAUAUCGGAAGACCACCUCUCGGAUCAGCUGGACAGUCCCCAGCACUGUGUCGUUUCCAACAGCCCCCAGAACAUCGAAGCUGUCCACGCUGAGCCGCCAUUUCAGCCUGGGCUAGAAUCCAGUUGCUGGGCUGCUGGCCUGAGACCCCCAGAGCUGGACAUGCCAGAGCCAGAGAUUUCCCUUGGUUUCGAUGACUGGAACUCAGAACCUUUUGAGGAAGGGAGACAGAACAUUCCAUCAGAAUCUACUCCGAACAACGUCCUCUCCCUCACUGUCAAGGAUUUACUGCUUUCAAACACAAAUGAAAUGCACAAGCCGCAGUUGCAGCCACAUCAAGCCCGGGAGCUGGUGCUCAACGAAGAUGAGAAAAAGUUGUUGGUGAAAGAAGGGGUCACGCUUCCAUCGCAGCUGCCGCUCACCAAACAAGAAGAACGGAUUUUAAAGAAGAUAAGGAGAAAGAUCCGGAAUAAACAGUCAGCACAAGAGAGCCGGAAGAAGAAAAAGGAAUACAUAGAUGGCUUGGAAAACAGGAUGGCAGCCUGCACAGCCCAGAAUUACGAACUGCAGAGGAAGGUCAUCCGGCUGGAAAAGCAGAACACGACAUUGCUACAGCAAUUGCAAAAACUCCAUACCCUGGUCAUGCAUUCAACAGGCAAGACUGCACAGACAGGCACCUGUAUCAUGGUGCUGAUGCUGUCAUUUGCUUUGAUUAUUUUCCCUAGCUUCAGUUCAUUCAGCUCCAGUAAGGGUGUAAAGGAAGAUGACUUCACUCCUGUACGAGUAUUUUCCAGAUCUUUACAUGAUCUGGAGUCGUCUCGGGUGCUUCAGGUGUUGAGCAGUCCCCACAGCCACGCUCCAGGAGAGAAGCAUUCAGAAUGGAAUGAACAGCUUAAUGUGGAGAGCAGAGGCACAGCCACCAAACAAGACCAAACUGUGAAUGGCAAAGAAUUCACUCAAGAUACUGAAAGGCACUCGCCUAAUGGGUCCAACUCUUCACUGAGUAUUGAUGACAUUGCCAAUGAAGUCACCAUCCUUGAGGAUCUCAAUCCUGAAGACCAUAUUGAAGAUCCUGGUCGAGGACACUCACCAUGGACUGAACUAACCCCUGACCAUCGAGAUGACUUGUAGGGUGUUUGGAAAUCUGGGACUUUUCUCGUUUGUUGAUGUUUAAAGGGGAAAGGAAUCAUGACUGAUCAAACAUGGAAGAUCAGAAUAAGAUUGACAUCAUUCCGUCAAUAUACAUUGUAUCAGUUUUCCCUCGUAUAUCAGAAACAGCCACUUAGUCCCAAAUUAGCUGUAUUACACAGCCCUGAUGUUGCCCUGAUCUGCCCUAUCUUGGCUUAACUGGGUACAAUUUUAAUUUUUUUUACAGGAAAUAUCAGUCCUAAUGACAUUAUUCUGAACAAUCAUUGCAUUAAUUUUCAGAAUACUGAUUGAUAUUUUUCAAAACUAAUCACAGUGUUAGUAGGAAUGAAAGGAAGCCAGUGUGCAGAAACCAUACUGUUUUACUUCUUGUUAUAAUGCCAGAUACACUUUUGCCUUUCUUCAGCCUGGGUCAGAAAGGUGCUGCAAGAACGCUGGAUCUCUGUGGUGAUAUCAUAUUGUGAAUUGGCCCCUCUCCCUGGUUUGCGAAUUUGAACUUCACAUUUUCUGAGGUUAUCCGCCACACACGGUUUCAACUGUUCUUAUGGCACCCAUUUUUUCCAGUUCUGUGGUGAAGAUGGUGAUAGGUGGGCACAGGCUUUGAUAGGUAAGGAAUGAGCCCCUGGCAAUCUUACCCAACUUGCCCAUGAGCACCAACAUGGAGAUUGACUGGCUAUGACGUAGGAGGCUGUGAUGGGAGACUGCAGGAUUCUCCAUAAUGAGCUUAAUGAACUUUCCUCCCUCGUACUUCUCUUGUGACACACCUGAGAAAAAAAAGUCAUUCUGGGUCUGUAAAUCCAAUUGCAGACUCCAUUCUCUCUAAGCAGAGCCCACUCAACAGACCCUCCUCUCCCAUCAUCCACCCUGUAUUUCCUUUGCCUGCCUCAAUAUCAAUCCCUUACCAUAGCCAUUACCCACCCCCAACUCCCCUUUGCCCUCACCUUUUACCCCUUAACCAUCAAGCCUUCCUUAUUCUCUGCGUCAACCUCUAUCAUAACCCCAUACACAGUACUUGAUAUACUUGUUGCUGCUUUAUACUCGUAUGCCUUUCCAAAAAAAUGAUGUAACGUUUAAUUCAUGUUCACUGAAAUGAUUUUUUUUGUAAAGAUUUCACUGCCACAAUCAGAAUGAAUGCAAAUCAUUAAAAUUCCAAAAUUUUAUAAGUGUA